CUCUCUAUACAACAAUAAUCCUGCUGCAACUCUAGUGAGAGAGAGAGGGAGGCGCAGGCAAGAGAGGUGAGAAAAUGGUGUCAGGAUCCGGAAUCUGCGCUAAGGAAGUGGUGGUUGACGCUCGCCACCACAUGCUGGGCCGAUUAUCAUCCAUUUUGGCCAAAGAACUGCUCAAUGGCCAGAGAGUUACCGUCGUCAGAUGCGAAGAGAUCUGCCUUUCUGGCGGUCUCGUUCGUCAGAAAAUGAAGUACCUUCGCUUUUUGAGGAAGCGUAUGAACACUAAGCCGUCUCAUGGUCCUAUUCAUUUCCGUGCUCCUUCCAAGAUUCUUUGGCGUACGAUCAGAGGAAUGAUUCCACACAAGACUAAGCGUGGAGCAGCUGCACUUGCAAGGUUGAAGGUUUACGAAGGAGUUCCUACUCCUUACAACAGGAAGAAGAGAAUGGUUAUCCCUGAUGCUCUCAAGGUUUUGAGGCUUACUGCUGGACACAAGUACUGCUUGUUGGGCCGAUUAUCAUCUGAGGUUGGAUGGAAUCACUAUGAAACCAUCAAGGAUCUUGAGAAGAAGAGGAAAGAGAAGGCCCAAGUGGUGUACGAGAGAAAGAAGCAGCUUAACAAACUGCGCGCCAAGGCAGAAAAGGCGGCAGAAGAGAAACUCGGCCCACAACUGGAGAUCCUUGCUCCUGUUACCUACUAAAGGUUUUAAAUUUAGCCUCAUGCUAGAAUUUUUGUGUUUGACGAUGUUGGCUUUUAAUAUUUUUAUUUGCGAUAUGAGGAUUAUUUGUGUCGGAUAUAAUGUUGUUGAAUCAAGUGUUUUUUGUUCAAACUCAUGAUGUUUGAUUGCAUAAUCAUCUUAGGACGUUCUUACAUU